CUUAUCUAAUUCUAGCCGCUAGCGGCACCGAGCACUAACUCAAAUUUUAAUUUACAUUUCAAUUUUCAUUAAUAAAUAGUGUUUAUUACACUAUUUAUUUAAUUAUUUUUAUAUUUAUGGGAUUGAGGUGAAGUGUUGUGCAGUGUACUUGAAAUUACUAGUUUGCCAAUAAGUGAAUGUAAUAGUGCAACCACACUAUAUUAUAUUAGAAUAAUGAACCAUAAAUCAAAUAAAGAAUUCUUUGUACUGCAGUUUCUAGAAAGGCCAUAUGCUUUUUUGGAUGAAUUUAUUUAUAUACCUACAAGUGACGCUAUUCAAACCAAUGAUAGAAAAUUCACUGUGUUCACAUAUCCCAUUGAUCCAGGCAUGAAGAAUAUAGUUUAUUAUGAUAAAUGGCCCUAUUUCUUGGGUAAACUGAAAUCAUCGGCAGUUACUGCACAAAGGGCAAGAACUAUUUGUAAAGACCUGAACUCUCGGAAACCAGAUGAUGAAGAUAGAGAUUUAAACGAUCCUGAGGAUAAUACAGCUGAUUUCGAAAAAAAUGAAAAAAAGCGAAAGGGUACAACACGUACAAAAACAAAAAAAAAAUCUAAACUUGGAGAAUUCACAAAGCCUCAAAAAAUAAAAGCUUUAGACGAUGAUGAUAUGUUAACGCCAGAAUUUCUGAAAUCUUUAACGAAAGAAUUGGAAUUAUACGAAGAACAACAGAAAGAACUAAAGGAAGCUCAAGAAAAAAUUUCCCAGAAAUCUUGUCUGCUUAAAGAGUUUAUAGAAAAAUUGAAAUCUUACAACAAUGAAGAGAAUACAGUCGAUGAUAAAUACCAGAAGCUAGUUGAAAUAAUCAAAGAGAAAGAAAAACAAAUCAAUGAACUUAAAUGGCAACUGAAAGGGAAAGGGAAAAAGGGGACAGAGGUUGCAAAUGACAAAGUAAAUUCUGUUACUCGAUGGACUUUGAGAUAUCCUGAAGAAACUGACGAUUCAUUCGAGUUAUUAAAUGACAGUGGUGUGUAUGUAAAUGGUGUAGCAAGUAACUACAUUAUAAGGGCGGCGAAAACGAGGACUGACUUAGCUCGCAUGCUUUUACACGAGGUAUUCACAGUCAAAGCUUUAACGACAUGCAAUUUUUAUUCACUGGAUUCACACGCUAGAAAUACUUUGGUAGAUGCUGUUGGAUGCAUCAGCCGACGUAAUGGUGUUGGCUUUGACAAUGUUUCAAAAGAAAAUAUUAUAAGAUCCAUCAAAAACCGGCUUUAUUAUAUUAACAAAAUACCAGCAUAAAUAAUUGUUAGGUUAAAAAGGUUGCAUGACCAAUUGUCUACCCAUUAUUUUUGAUCCGACAAAGUGGUCUAUGGUCUACCCUUCAGCUGCAUUUUGAUUAUAUUUUUAUUGUUAUUACAUAUUCUUUAGCUUAAUCAUUAUGUUUGUAUUUUAUGUGCCAUUUUUGAAUGUACGUAAGCCACAAAACUAGGCUUAAGGAGAAUGUACCUCAGGAAAGUGCUUGUGAUAAUCACAACUGUGAUGGCUUAUUUAGGGGAUGAGUCCAGGGUUCCAAUAUGUGAAGCGUUUAUAUAUGUCUUUAACACUUGUUAAAAUAAUAAGUGUUAAAAAUAUUGUUAAACUUUCAAUAUUCUUAAAAGUGUAGAGAAUUCUUAAAUGUUAGAAUUAUAUUAAAAAAUAAGUGAAAUGUUUUAAAAGCUUAUAUGUAUUAUGAAAUAUGAUGAUUUUACCAAUGAUACAGGUGUUAAAGGUUUGUUUUAAAUAAAUUGGGAAAAUAUAUUAUAAUAGCUAUUUACCUAAUAUUAAUUAUCACAAUAAUUUUAUAAACAAAGAUUUGAAUGUUCUACCUCAGUUUAAUACCUACUAUAAUUUUUAAUGUA